AAUAUAUAUCUACACUUCAAAAAUUCACUAUUGCAAGUGUGGAACAAAACAAUAACUUUUUGAUGUUUUUAUGAGUCACUAGAAAUUGGGAAUUCCAAGAGUCACAAUAUAACAGCACCUACAAGCUAGUUUCAUCACAAUGGCGCAACCUGUAUAAAUCGUACCAAAGUCAUCUAUUUCUAUAAUGGGACUUCGAUUUCAGACUCAAUAAUUUCUACUGCUAUCUCAAAAUUAUAAAUAAUUCAAACUUAUUCAUCUAAAUUAUUUUUUAUUUGGAAUUAUCUCAGAAUUAUAAAAAAAAAAUAUCACCGGUCGCGAAGUACUUUCAUACUAAUCCACUCCGUUUAACUCAUAUGAUAACGAAACUAAAGAAAAAAAGUGCUAGGAAUUGAAAUUGGUAUCCAAUCGAAAUCAAUGAAUUUUUUCAUCAUUUUAUCACAGAUUACUAAUUUGUCUUUGAUUUUAUAUUCACAGAACAUACUAUAUUUACUACUUAAUUUUUCAAUAUUCUAUGGUGACAGAGUGAUGACUUCUGAAAUGCUUUUGCUUUUGUAUUUUGUGAAUUUCAUUGUUUUUAAAAACAAGAAUCGGAGUACAUGCAUCUAAUACGUCCUGUUUUCGCGAUAGUUUAAGCUAUAAAUGGAUAAAAUGGAUUGUCAAGUUAGUAAUGCCAAUGAAAAAAAUGCAGAUGCUUCUACUGCAGCUUUGAAAAAAUCUGUUCAAUUAGAACUUUAUAAUAAAAAACAAUGUAGUUAUAAACCAUAUGAAUGCUCUCAAUUAAGUUUGAAUGGUUAUAAAUAUUGUGCAAGGCAUAUUUUGAAUGAUAAAAAUGCACCUUUUAAACAGUGCAGUUAUGCGUUUCCUACCAAUGGUAAGAAGUGUCAUAUGCCAGCACUUCGAAAUGAUAAGAAGGAAAUUGGCUACUGCAAUGAUCAUGCUCUGAAAUCUACUCUUGCAAAGAACAGACAAAAUUGCAAAUACCAGCGACCCCAUACUGCUGAGGUUAUUUUGAGCUCUUUAUCCCAUUAUAUAAAAAAGCCUCGUGUUCGCACACAUUCACAACAGUCUGAUGAAGGGGGAAUUAGCUCAUCUACAGAAGAAAAUGUUGAAUUAAAAGUAACUAAAAGCUUGGAUCCUUUCAGUGAAAUAGAUGCUGCUGGCCUUUUUAAUCAUCAAUGCAAUGAAGUAUUGGGUUUCUGUAGUGAAUCAGAAAGUGAUAUAGAGCCUUCUACCUUAAAUACUAUUUGGCAUGAUGCACAAGCUGACAGUUCAGAUAAUGAAUCAGAUGAUUCAGAACAAGAAGAUUAUUUGAAGCAUGCUAAUGUUUAUACCGCAGAAGAGAUAACAGCUAUAACUCGAGACAAAUUGAUAAGAUUACAAUCCCUUUACAUUGAGGAAUACAGGCAUCUGCAGUACAUGUUGAAAGAAAAAAGAAGGAAAUAUCUGCAUGCAUUAAAAAGGGAAAAGGAGACAUGUUGUAAUAUUUCCAAUCAAAUUCGGGAUAAUCCCAAAGAACAACGUUUGUUCAAAAAACUGAAGGCUUAUAAUAGUUACCAUAAGGUACAUGGAAUAGAAGCUAUUCUCAGCAAAAGGCUUAAAGAAUUGCGUUCAAAGGUCUCUGAAGGAUCGCUACCACGAACUCAAAACUAUAUAAAAUGUCUUUAUACUGAAGGGGGAGUGAAAUGUGGUGAAAAAAGUUUGCCCCUUGCAAGACAUUGUCGCAAACACAUUUUGGAAGAUCCUAAUCAAAUUUUGUUUAGGUCCUGCGGGCGAGUUAGAGCUGAUGUUGAAUGUAAAACACCUGUGGAAGCUAUUUUCGAUGAUGCAACAUGCCGAUUGCAUGUUGAUAUUCCUACUAUAAAAUCUUAUAGUCAAACUAGGAAAGAUUCAGAAUCUGAUUUUGAAGAACCUAUUGAAAACAAUACCUUGCCAAGUCUUCUGGAACAAAGUCAAAUAGAUCUAUCUACUAUGAGCAAUAUGAAAUCAGAAUUUCCUGAAUUUACAACAGAGGUACCUAAAAUGGAUUCAGUACCUUCGAUAUUAUUUGAAGAUUCAGCUAAUGACACCAAUGAGGAAGAAAUGGAUUACAAUGAUGAAGACACUAAAGAUAUAGAGAAGGAUACCAUUACUGAAGUAUACAAUACAUUAGAUUCAAAGCAAAAUCUUGAUGAAAUUGAUAAAAUAGAAAAUGUUAAAGUAGAAGAACAACCUCAAAUAGAAAUGAACAGGGAUACCCAACAAUCUCAGAAUGAUUUAAAUGAUGUUUUUUAUGACAAUAGCCACAAAUUAGACUCUGACAGGAUUUCUGAUAGUAUUGAAAGUCCAAUGUAUAUCGAUGAUGGUCAAAUGGAUGAAUCUACAGAUACUGCGAGUGAAGCCAUGGCAGAAAUUAAACAUGUUGUAAGAGAACAAUAGCGUUAUGAGUUUUCAGUUAUGUUUGUAGUUACAUUUUUAAUGAAAUAUUUGUUAUUUUUUGUCAAA